AUGAGAAACCACACAGCAAUAACAACUUUUAUCCUGCUGGGACUGACAGAUGACCCACUACUGCAAAUCUUGAUUUUUAUCUUUCUAUUUCUCACCUACUUGCUGAGUGUAACAGGGAAUCUUGUUAUUAUCACUCUCACAUUGGUGGACUCCCAUCUUAAAACGCCUAUGUACUUUUUCCUCAGAAAUUUUUCCUUCUUAGAAGUUUCAUUUACCACUGCCUGCAUUCCUAGAUUUCUGUACAGUAUAUCAACUGGGGACAAUAACAUUACCUACAAUGCUUGUAUAAGUCAACUAUUUUUUGUUAUUCUCUUUGGAGCAACAGAGUUUUUUCUCCUGGCAGCCAUGUCCUAUGAUCGGUACGUUGCUAUCUGUAAACCUCUUCAUUACAUGACCAUCAUGAACAAUAGGGUGUGCUCCUUAUUAGUCAUCUGCUGUUGGGUGUCUAGCUUGAUGAUCAUUCUCCCACCCCUUAGCCUGGUUCUCCAGCUGGAAUUCUGUGACUCCAAUGCCAUUGACCAUUUUGGCUGUGAUGCAGCACCCCUCCUAAAGAUCUCAUGCUCAGACACCUGGGUAAUAGAACAAAUGAUUAUCCUUGUGGCUGUAUUUGCACUCAUUAUCACCCUAGUGUGUGUACUUCUGUCCUACACAUACAUCAUCAGGACAAUUCUGAGAUUCCCUUCGGUCCAACAAAGAAGAAAGGCCUUUUCUACCUGCUCAUCCCACAUGAUUGUGGUUUCCAUCACCUAUGGAAGCUGCAUCUUCAUCUAUGUCAAGCCCUCGGCAAAGGACCAGGUGGCCAUAAAUAAAGGAGUUGUAGUGCUCAGUAGUUCUGUUGCUCCCUUGUUGAACCCCUUCAUUUACACCUUGAGGAAUAAGCAAGUGAAAAAAGCUUUCAAUGACUCCAUAAAGAGGAUUAUAUAUCUCUCAAACAAAUAG